AUGCAAAGGGAAAUGCAAGAGCAAUUACAAGCACAGAUACAAGAGCAACUGGCUAAGAUACAACAAGAUAUGAAGGAAAAAAUGGAAGAAUCCCAAAAUAAUCUGAUAGGCCAGUUGGUGCAGUUGCUGGCUAGAGAACGUGAGAAAGGGAAGAGCACCAUGGGGAACGAUAAUGAAGACCCUAUUUAUCCUCUAGGCUUUGCUUCGGGCAAUGCCUCGAUACCAAUAAACAUUCCUGUAGGAUCAGGCUCUAAUCCCGGGGAUAAUCCAGCUAAUCCAUUUGUCCCGGACCUUGAUGACAUGGCAGAAAUGGAGAAAGAAAAAGUAGACAUGGCAAAACAACUCGAUGAUCGGUGCAAAUGGCUUGAGGAAAAAUUCAAAGCAAUGGAGAUUGCUGAUUACCGUGGCGGGAUCGAUGCUAAGGACUUAAGCUUGGUCCCAGAUCUGGUGCUCCCACCAAAACUUAAAACCCCGGAGUUUGAAAAGUAUAACGGGACGAGCUGCCCUAAAGCUCAUAUUACGAUGUUCUGUCGAAGGAUGACAGGGUAUGUUAACAAUGAUCAGCUGUUGAUCCACUGUUUCCAGGACAAUCUGAUCAGAUCUGCGGCCAAGUGGUAUAACCAGCUCAGCCGUGCCCAAAUUGGUUCGUGGAAGGACUUGGCUCAAGCUUUCAUGAAACAAUACGGUCAUGUGACGGACAUAGCACCUGACAGAAUUACCCUACAAAACAUGGAAAAGAAGCUGAAUGAGAGCUUCAGACAGUAUGCACAACGGUGGAAGGAAAUAGCGAUGUAA